GGAAGUAGAUAGCGGCAGAAGGCUGCGAGAGACAGGCAGAAAGUAAUUGGAUGUGAUGAAUGUAAUGAAGGCUUUCAUUAGCUUCCACUAAAACCGAGUCAUUGGAAUACGGCAUUCGGCAUUUUUUUGAAUGGAGCUAUCCGACGCUGAACUUCUACCUUGUCCUUGUGUUCCGCUUGCUUGGUGACUUGUCACGCCGCGGCUCGGAACAAGACUUGCGGGUAGGGCCUUUUUUUUUUGCGGGGCUUUUUCAAAAAUGUGAGCGGAGCCCAGAUUUAAUGGCAGAGCGCGAUACGAGGCGCUCUGACAGCAGGCCCCAUUGUCUGAGAAGGCGGGCAGGGUGAUGCGAUAGGCGCGGCGCAGAGCCCGUGCAUCCGAAGGCUGGCCCGAGGACGAGUGAAGCUGUGCGGAAGAUGCCCAGAAGGAAGCAGUCCAACCCGCAGCCGGUGAAAUUGGACUCAGAAGAUGGAUUAGGAGUCGAUAAUCCAGGAGGCCUUGUGUUGGAGAGCGACUUCCUCUUGGGUCAGAACUUGGAGUUUGUGGACAGCGAUGACAAGAUUUUAGGAUUUGAAAAAGAUUCCGAAGAUUCAGUUGCUGCAGAGAUUGUUAUCCCCGUCUACUGUCUAAGUGAUGAUGAAUGCUCAAGUUACAACCGGCUCAGCAUGGAGAGUGACGUGGACGACCCCAAAGACAGAGAGAGUGACGGAGAGGAGAAUCAUCGACCGACGUUGCAACACUAUCUCUCCUGCAAACAGUGCGGCCUGUUGUUGGACUCGACCUUGGGUGGCCUGGACCUCUCGGCUCCGUGCUGUUUGAAAUGCAGUGCCGACGACUCCAGAAACAGUGACUUGACAGCUGCUAGCGGGGACAAGGAGACCAGCUGCUCCGCUCCAAGUAAGCACAAGAUGUACUCGUGUAAGCUGUGCAACUUCUCUUCACGCUAUUCCAACCAUCUGAAACGACACAUGAAGACCCACAACGGAGAGAAGCCCUUUAAGUGCCCUCAUUGCCCCUAUGCCUCUGCCCAGCUGGUGAACCUCCAGCGACAUGUACGCACACACACCGGCGAGAAGCCUUUCAAGUGUGAGUACUGUGCCUUUGCCUGCAAUUCUCUGGGCAACCUGAAGAGGCACGAGCGUAUGCACACCCAGGACAAGCCAAACAAGUGUGACCUCUGUGAUUAUCGUGCCAACAACAGUCGCAACCUGAAACGACACAUGAUGGGCCACGAAAUGGAAGAGUCUUCUGUAGAACCAGAAGAUGCUGUCGUGUCCGACCUGACCCUCCAUGUGAACAGCAGCACGGACUUCCUUCAGACCUACAGCAGCCUGAAAGCCGACAUGGAUCCCCGCAGCCUGCUUGAUUCCAGAGAUGUGGCAGAGGAGUCGGACACCCUACCUGAACUCCUGUUCCCUUUCACGUGUCGUCUUUGCGGCCUAGUUCUAGACGAUGGCUUCAUGCAUGAGGAUAGUUCGUCCAACCAGAUCUGCAGCAAAUGUGGCCAGGAGGUACUAUCCCAGGAGACUCCCAGCAGCCCCGAGAAAACGGACAAAGUAUACUCUUGCGCCCUGUGCCCAUUCAUAACCCACUACCCCAAUCACCUUGCCCGCCACAUGAAGACUCACAGUGGAGAGAAGCCCUACAAAUGCCAGCAGUGUGAUUAUGCUUCUGCCCACUUUGACAACCUCAAGAGGCACCAGCGGGUUCACACUGGGGAGAAACCCUACAAGUGUGACUUGUGCGAUUACGCCUGUGGUAAUCUGGCCAAUCUGAAGCGGCACGAGCGCAUCCAUUCGGGCGCCAAGCCCUUCAAGUGCAGCGUUUGCAGCUACAGUUGCAACCAGAGUAUGAAUCUGAAGCGGCACAUGCUGCGUCACACGGGGGAAAAACCCUUCAAAUGUCAGGAGUGCCCUUACACUACAGGCCAUUGGGACAACUACAAACGACACCAGAAGAAGCAUGGCCAUUCGACCGAGGGCUGGACUAAAUUUCAGAUGAUUGAGGAGUCCUCGUAGUUGUGACUCUGUGGAGGGUUCAAAAGAAAUGCACACUCCUUUGCUGGGCGGCUCGCCAGUUGAAUUCAUCUCCUCAGACUUGUUUGUUUCUUGGCCUUUAAGUUUUGUGUGCCAGUCAUGAAAAGCCCAGGGUUUGCUUUUUCCUGUUUUUGAUGGGAAGGGUGGCAGACAAAGGACUACAAAAAAAAAAAAA